UAGCGUGAAGGGAGAGGGAGAAGGAGGGCUUAGGGGCCCGCCGGCUGUCGGAGGGCGGCAGGUCGAGGGAGCGGGCGGAGUGGGCAUGCGCAGCCGCUCGGGCGAGGAGGGACGGGGAUGAGGCGACGCACGCGCGCGCACGAGAGGCCCGCCGGCGGCCGCGGGUGGAGGGGGCGGUUCCUCGAGUGUCGGCGACCCGAAGGCCGGCAGGCGGGCGGCAGGUGCCGCCGCGGCAGGCGCCGCAGCCUCCUCCGGGCCCCGUACCUCCGCGUCUUCCAGCGGCGAUGAGCCGGGCUCUGUCCGGGGCUGCACCUGCCAGCUGCCCAUCACCGCGCGCCUCCCGGCGUGACCUCGGCCUCAUCUCGCGUCGGGCCCCCGCGACGCGGCGCGGCCGCUGACCGGGAGCCGCGGCCUCCUCCACCCGAGUCCUCGCUCGGGGGCCGCGCGGGGACAGCGCCCGGCCCCCUCCCCUCCCCGGCCCGCGGUCCUCAAUGUCUCCCCGGCGGGGAGGGGGCUGCCUGGGAGACACGCCGAGCGGCUCCCCCUCGAGGCCCGUCCACCGAGGCAGCUGCGCCCAUCCCGGCGCCCCGCAGCCACUCCCGGCGGCGGCGGCGGCCUGGAGGAGCCGCGCACCCGCCGCCGCCCCCCGAGCCUCGCAGCCGCCGCCGCCCGGAGCCCCUGGAGAGGGCGGCGGGCGCCCCCCGGGGAAGAUGAAGGCGGAGGGGGGCGACCACUCCAUGAUCAACCUGUCGGUGCAGCAGGUCCUGAGCCUCUGGGCCCACGGGACGGUGCUGAGGAACCUCACUGAGAUGUGGUACUGGAUUUUCCUCUGGGCUCUCUUCUCCUCUCUGUUUGUCCACGGUGCUGCGGGCGUCCUGAUGUUUGUGAUGCUGCAGAGGCAUAGGCAGGGAAGAGUGAUCUCUGUCGUUGCAGUCAGCAUCGGAUUUCUGGCUUCUGUAACUGGAGCAAUGAUUACUAGUGCCGCAGUGGCGGGCAUUUACAGAGUCGCAGGGAAGAACAUGGCCCCUCUGGAAGCAUUGGUGUGGGGCAUUGGGCAGACUGUGUUGACAUUAAUCAUCUCCUUUUCAAGGAUCCUCGCUACACUCUGAGGUUUCUGAGGAAUGUCUCAUUUCACGUAAGGAAACAUGUACAGAUUCCCUGAAAAAUGGCAUUCAUGAGAGGAAAUGAAAUUGUACAGGUGUGGGCCCAGCACAUCAGACCAUAAGGAAGACCUUGAGCCGUGUGGAAAGCCUGCCCUCUGGCGUUCCAGUGAUUGCACUACUGCACUGCACCUUAUGUGCCUCCCUCCAGGCAAGGUGCACCGGGACACUUUGUGAAGCCACAAGAAAAGCACCGUGUGCAGCUGCCAAUCAGGUUAACCUUGGUGUGGAAAUCAUCGUUCUCAACAGUGUUAAGUUACGGGGACGUUUGGAGAAGUCGACAUAUGUGCCAAACUCUUUUUUCUUUUUGUUAACAUCGAUCAUGUGACAGUGUGUAAGAGUAGACACAGAUGAGAGCUGUGAACAUACUUGACACAAUUGAGGUAAUCUAGAAAGAGCUCUCUUCUAUAAUGCUAAUAGGAGUGCAGAAUAACCAAGUGUUGAAUAUAAGAGAAACUGGUUGUAAUUCUGAGCAGUUCUGGAAUUUAGGGUUGUGAUGUUUAGUGUUAUUAUUUAAUUUAUAUGGAAAAUAACAGUCUUUUAAGUGGAAGACUGGCUCAUCUGUUUUAAGGACUUGCAGUAGAUGUGUAGGGUGCAUACUUUUGACUAACUUAACACACUUUUAAUAGUUUCCCUCAUAUAUAACAUACUAUUUAUAUGAACUCAAAACCUUUUUGGGUCACGUACAUUGUCACUUGUGUGUCAUAAAAACAUAAUUUGAAAAUAUUCUUAUAAAUUUUGUAAGAAAAAUGUCUGAAAUGCAUGUUGCAUUCUGUGACCUCCUACACUAAGGUUUUGCCUUGUAACUCAUGGAGAAAACACCUGGAGAGUUAGUGCUGCAGUGGCAUUGAAUUGCUUCUUGCAGGUACCUUGAUUUUUAACAAAGCAAACAAUCUUUUAUUCUGGAGUAUUCAUUGUUUAUAGAGUGGCCUAAAUUAGGCUCUGGAAAUAAAAAAGCCUCCUUUAUAGAUAAGAAGUAAGUUAUAUAGGAAGAAUAAUAAACUGUCUUAUUUUGGAUGUGUGGUAGUGUCGUCAUUCUGCUAAGUAAAAAUUGGGGAAUUUAGUGACUAAUUGUGAAAUUUGACAUUUAGUCUCAGUAUAGCAAUAGAGUAUAGAAUGUGUACCUGAGUGAUUCAUUUCAGUGGUUUAGUUCUUAAUUUAUGCUGGUAUGAUUUAAGUUUAUUUAACUUUAUAAGUUAUUUAAGUUUAAUAGCAUUGGGAAUUACAUUUGUUAAAAAUGGAAAUGUCUUUUGUGUAAAACAUUUUAAGAAGUAGGGAAAACACAGACCCCAAUUGAAUUGAAACUUUUUGGGGAGUCUACUUGUGCUAACUCAAAGGAAGCACCACUGCACAGAAUAUGAAGGUAAGACCAAUCUAAAAAAAUAAUCUCACACCCUAGCCUCUUUGCUUAACUGAAUUAAAAAAUAGGUUUCUGUUAGAUCCCAUUUAAAUUUGAGACUCUUGUGACACACAUAUACUUUCUUUUCCUACUAAAAGCAACAGCAGCAACAACAAAGUUGUAUCAACUUACUGAGGAGUUGGGGGUACUUAAGGCAACAUAGAAAUCAAGUUUAGAGAUUUUUCUGACACUGGCUUUGAGUUUCUGACAACAACAACAAAGAAUGGAACAAUAAACCAACUAUGCAUUCUUUGAGAGCCUAGAAGUAAAUCUUACAGUUGAUUCUUUUUAUUACAUACAUGCUACUAUCAUUUCAUACAUAUUCUAUAUUCCUGAUGUUUUCUCCAAUUAAAUUUAGGCAGAACUUUUUCCACAUCAUUUUGAUUUCUUCUUUUCUGUUAGACUUGUCCUUUGGCUAUUAUAUCAAUGAUUUGAUGGAUUUGUACAUUUUUAGAAGAAUUACCAGUAAUAUAAGGAAAUUGUUUCAUAUUUAGAGUGAAUAUUUAUUUGAACAUGCUUAUUUUAAGAAAGUCUUCAUGUAAACUAACAUGGAGCACAUGGUUCAUAGUCCAAAAUUAACGAGAAACUAACUUGGACACGUUGAAUAUAUGAAUGAAUGGACCAAAGAGAUUUUAAAUUCGUACUUUUACUGUAGAAUGAAAGAAUAAUUGUGUGGUUAAUAGUUUGUAAGUGUCCUACAGUUAACUUAUUGUCAAGUUGAUUUACAUUGUGUGUGCACAUGCUCACGUUUGCA